AUGCAACAGCCCAAUGACUUCGUCUACGGCGUCCGCACCACAAAGAUCUACUGCCGCCCCCGCUGCCCCGCCCGCCUCGCCCGCCGUGCCAAUGUUGAGUUCUACGACACCCCCAAACAGGCUGAGAAAGCAGGCUAUAGACCCUGCAAGCGCUGUAAGCCCGAGGACCUGUGCGCGCCGCCGGAUCCGCAUAUCAAACUGGCGCUGAGGGCGUGUUUGACUAUGACGAGGGCGGCGUCGGGGGGCAGUGCGAUGGCGCAAGGGGCACAGGCACAGGCACAGGGACAGGCACAAGGACAGAGACAGGGACAAGUACAGGCACAAGGGCAAGCACAGGGGAGGAGGCGGAUGCAGAGGCCUACGCUACAAGACCUGGCGAACGAGGCAGGGCUGACGCCGUCGCAUUUCCAUCGGGUUUUCAAGAAGGUUGUGGGGAUUACGCCGGGGAGGUUUGCGAGGGAGGUCAUGGACGGGAAGAAGAUGGGGGGCUAUCUGAAGCGGCUGGAGGAGGGGAUCAGUGCGAGUGGAGGCGGGUAUGCAGGGUAUGGGGGUGGAGCGGGGGCCAAAGGGGCGAAGGGGGUGAGAGGGGGAGAUGAUGGGGACGGUAACGGGAAGGGCGAGGGCGAGGGAGCUGCGGGGAGGGAAACUGCUUCUGCUGACGUUGUCGCGGAGGGAUUGGUGGUGGAUGGGCUCUCACCUGCUGCGGAUUCGCAGACUUUUACCGCUCCUCUGUCUGAUGCGGGCGGGAUACGGAUUGACUGGAAUGAGUUCGAUAGGAUGCUGGUUGGCGGUGCUGGUGCUGGUGCUGGUGCUGGUGCUGGAGGGGAUGCAGGACGAAAUAACAACAACCUCAGUAAUAGUCGUCAUCAUCUUCCUGGUCCUCUGCCUCAUCAUAAUAGAGGCUUUUCCAUAGCAAACGACACCAACACCAACACCCGCCUCUCACCGGCUCAACCACAACAGCAAUCCAGCACAUACCCCCCACAGUCCACCACGACAACGGUAACCACAACCACAACGACACCACCAGACAUUCUCACAAACCGCACCCUCCUCGACCACUACGAGCUCCCCUGGGACUCCCCAACCUGCACCCUAACCUUCCCCACCACACCACACCACCACACCACCAACAAUGCCACCAGCGUCACCCCCAGCGGCUACAGCAGCGGCUCUCUCUCCCCCUACGACCCCUACGCUCCCCUCCUCGACACAGCCGCAGCCGCAAACACAGACUUCUACAAGUUCUUCGCCGGCAACAUCAGCAACGCCCCCAACACCGCUCCCACCACCUCUGCAGGCAAGCAGCAACAGCAACAGCAACAGCUAGAGCUGGAGCUGGAGCUGGAGCUGGACCUCCUCCCGCUCACGGCAGCCGAGUCGGAAACGAUGACGCCUGUCGAUACGCCGCCCUUUAUCGUUGAUGGAUUGGUGGUGGGUGUGGGCGGUCUUGGCGGUGGAGGUGGAGGCGGCGGUGCACUGGCCGGGUGUUUCUCCGGCACGUCGAGCUCGGUGCCGUCGACAAAUGCGUCACCGUUGUUGUUUGAGGAGGUGGAUUGGUAUGGGAGUCCGAGUAUCUUUGAGACGUAUGCCUGA